AUGGACCAGUAUAGAUGUCGAGGUAACGAGAGAACUAGAACAGCUAGAAUGGCCUUUACCGAGCGUAUAGGAACCUAUAAACAUCAACUCAUUGAAUUCAAACCAAAGGAGCUAAAAGUUGGUUCUGGCGAACUUUUCGCGUUUUUCAACGAUGUUUUUAAAGAUCUUUUUCGAAAUUUAAAGAACGGAACCGCCAUUGAUGAUCAAGAAAGACUUCUGUUGACCGACACAUUAGGAGUCUGGUUUUUGAGAACUCGGCAACUUUUCGAAGCAAUCCAAUUGGUAAAGACCCUGGACGACAAUCAACAGCAUUUCAUACACAAACUUCAACUAGAGCUUUUGACUGAAACCAACUGCGAUGUCUUUUUCCGCUACGUGGUUGACUUCUGGGACCAGGGUGGCACCGCUUUAACCAACUCUCUCAAUGACUUACUAGCGAAACUUAUUCAGCUCGCAAAAUUGGUAAAAGGCGGUGCAGGAUGGACAAAUAUGCUCAAUAGGUGGAUUUCGCAGACACUCGAAAUACCAGCUACAAUGCGGGUAUCUUAUUUCUUACUACAUGUUUUGGCCCCCGAAACUGAUCUGUCACAAGUUCUCAUUAGCCGGCCUGAUUUUGUGCAGACUUCACUCAGCCUAAUGUGGACCGAGUCUUUGGCGACACUUAUCGGGAAAUGCAUUGCAAGCCUCCUCAUAAAUGUAUAUGAACAUGACUACAAAGAAAGUGGCGAAGUUGGUUCUUGGUUUGAGCUGUGGGAAAAAUCAACCAUGCAUUACUUCCAAGACACCCGUAUGCGAAAACGUAUCGAGGUUUGUGUACUUAUUCCGAUUUUCAAGACACUUGGAAGUAAAGUUUUCGACGAGUUUGUGAAUCGAAACUUCCCACAAGAAAUUCCUGAGCUUGUCCCGUUCUUAAAAAUCGGUCAAGAACUUUUGCUCGAGGAAGCGCCAUUCGAAAAUGACAGGCUCGUAUCAUUACAGUUCCUUGAAGUGAUGUUACAGCAGGACGAAUACAAGAUAUCGGUGUUUGAACUCUUGACAUUUUCUCCGAAAAAGUCGAAGGCAGUAGCAUCAUAUAUAUAUGAUAUCCUGAGGCGAAAUCUUCACGUCUUUUUCGUCGACAUCGAGGUCAAAUCCCGGAAUGAGUUCAUCAGUCUUUUCAAACAUCUGAUUGAUAGAAUAAGAGAUUCCUCCUAUUCGCUUGACAGGGAUAUCAAAAAGCUUCGCGCCAAAGACAAAUUUCCGGAAGAACAGUUCCAAAAAUCGGAAAUGAUUGCGGAAGCUGUCCGUUUUGUGAGUUGGACCAUUGGAUUUUUAAAAUAUCAAUUGGCUCCUGGCUCGCAAUACCAGCGCCAGAUUGUGUCUACCAAAAUAUUGAAGCUUUUGCUCUCAUCCAGUGUGGACAAAGCAAUACCGAAACAAUACCUUGAUCCCCGCUUGAGAACGGAGUUCCCUUUUGAAGCUAGCAUUUCUAGAGAUAAGACGCUACGAAGGCUUCUCCUGGAUAAUUUAUCCAACAACUUCAACGAUGUAAGAGACAACUGCCUUGAGCUACUAACGAUCUUCUCUCAAAGCUGUAACGAUGACACAUUUCUUGAUCUUUCGCAUCAAAACAAACUGCUCAAUCGAAGCUUGACAUUGAUCGGUUCUUACAAGGGAUGCGAGGGUGGCGCUAAGCUAAUUGAGUUUUUGUUCAAGGAUUCCAAGAACAAACGGGACAUCAUUGAGUUACUACUUCUAAAUCUCCACAAACGCAUUGAUUCUUCUAGUGUCAAUUUAAUGACCAAUAUAGAAUCUCCGGUGAAUGGCUAUUUCUUAGCUUUAAGUCUCAUAAUUGCCAAUUUUUCGGUUGAUACUACCGCGGACGACUACGUUGAUUUUCUCGAUAAGCUCAUCGACCUCAUCAUAAGGAACUGGAAAAAUGUGGAGUUCAUUUUAUGUGAUGAUCCAUUUGAGGAUAAGGACCACGAGCCCGAUACUGUACACAAGGUAUCUGAUCCGCAAGUGAUCAGCUAUGCGUUCAGAUCCAUAAAGGACUCCUCUGAACUGCUCAAAAUCUUGAUGACUAUUAAAAAUUUGCCCAAUGAGCAGCUUGUCGCCUGUGGCGAGUUGAUGUUGGAACAGCUAUCGACCAUUCGCCACAGCGGAGCAUUCCAGUCUCUCAUUCCAAGUUUUGCCGCAACUUGCCAACGUUGCUACAAAGACCAACCUCAUGUUCUCGAACUUUGGCUCAAUUCGAUGCUAGAAUCACUUGAGACCAAAACACAGUUCAUCACUAGACGUUCAGGAGGCAUACCGUACAUUAUCUGUAGCAUUGUCAGCUCUGAGAAAGGUGAUAAAAGGCCACUAUUGAAAAUCACGUUUGAGAGGUUGAUGCAGAUUGCAACUGUUACUGUUUCUGCGCACGAAGAAACAGUUGAUCUUCCCCAGGUGAAUGCCUUCAACUGCAUAAAGGCAUUAUUUGUUGAUUCUCCAUUAUCAGAUGCAUGUGCGCCGUAUGUGUACCGAUCGCUUGUCCUAUGCAUUCAAUCGUUUACGUCGCCUCUUUGGUCACUACGAAACUGCUCAUUUAUGUUAUUCUCCGCACUGCAAAAUAGGCUAUUUGGAAAAAUAGGCAAAAACAUUAGCGCCCGCUUGUUCUUUUCACGCUAUAAUGGUGUUCAAGAUAUUUUACGCUCGCAAUUUGAGAGGUCAGUCAAAGAGUCAUUUUCUCACCAACAGCAGCAGGAAUUGGCUGGAAACACUUCUCUACCGUCCAUCGAUUCUCAAGUAGAAGCGAUUUUUCUUGUCUUAACACUUUUAUCGAGACUCAAACAAACUCCAGGUUUUGAUGGAAUGGACGAUUUCAGAACGCUUGUCGUUGCUUGUUUAAAAUCUCAAAACUGGGCUGUGAGGCAAUUGGCAGCGCGAACAUUACCAGGCCUGAUCAACAACCCCUCAAGGCAGAUAAUGCUCUCUUUAGAAAAGCUUUUCGAUUCGAAUAUUACUCAAAAUGAAACGCACGGGACAAUUCUCAGCAUCGCGGAGCUAUUAGUCGUGGAAAAUCAGGAAUUUUCGACUCAAGACUCACAAAAGCUGUCACGCAAAUUAAAUCGUGGAGUUUCCAAAUUUGUUAUUGAGAAUACCUGCUUCGUCACUGCAAACGCGUAUAUCAGACUGCUGGCCCUUGCUUUGUCAAGGUGCUCUGUAGAUGCCAUGGAAAGAACGACAAUGGUCACGGCUUUAGGAAAUCUUUUCAUAAAGCUUAAUGAGGAAUACGCUGUUGAUGGAGCAAAGCAACUAUUUAUGCGCUCCUUGUUGACGCUUCUUCUUCAAAACGAAACACAAGAAAAUCUUCCUCAUUUGGUAGCGCUUGCCCUCCUUUCUCCAUUCUUUGAGGCACAGAUAACUGCUGCCAACUUUCUCACGGAAAAUACGAAUGCGACACUUUUCCACACUACAGCUAUUGUGGAAGCGCUUCUUAAAACUUUCUUGGAUGAAUCAUUGGAUGAAUUCAUCAAACUUCCAAUUUUGAGGGCACUCGUUAAGCUCAAAGUUCAGAUAGACUACAACUAUUUGACGAAUAUCAUUCAAACGUCAAGAAAUCACGAACUUCGUGCUGUCGCUCUUGAGUAUUGGGGACAGUAUGUGAAUGGCUUUGACGAGGAAUUUUUGGCCGCAGUUUUAGCGUUUGCCGACGAUGAGGCGCCCUUCGACUUGAGAAAAUCUGCUUUGCUUUCAUUGAUCAAUGCCACUGAACGGCACUACGAUAUAAAGAUGUUCUUUUCGGUGGAAAGCUUUCUUUAUGAUGAUGAUUUGGAACUUCGCAGCAUGGCCUCUGAACAUUUGAAUGAAACCAUAUUGGGGCUUGGACCGGUUGCGAAGAGCAUCAAUUUCUCUUCCACGGCACGAUUAUUUGUCGAGAAAAUGAAUACGAUCCCAGAAGGACACAUUCCAGCUUUGGCAAAACUGAAACGUGAAUUUAAACAGGUACAAAUCAGUGCGAAGAACGAUAGCGAAAAUGACAACCUAUUUGAAGUGGAGCCUGCAAACCAGUUCAGAAACGUUUUGGAGGCAGGACUCCGAAAUGCUCAGAUUAUGAUAAAUGCUGCUAGGGUAAAAGACGACGAAAUCUCGGCAUACGCUUCGACUCUUGCCAACAAUGUGAUAACCCGUCUCGAACAAUUAGACACCUGCGAUGGACCUAUGGGCUGGGGGUCCGCUCCACGCUGUUUCUCCCAAGUAGCAUGUCUCCGCCUGCUUGCUACGGGUCUCAAUAUCCCCGAGCGCGCGAGACUGGAUGCAACGUUGAGAAAGUACCAGUGUCAUCCACUUGUAUUCGAACUGACGGACAAUUCCCUACUUUUAGCAUCUAUAUAG